AUGAAGAGCAGCAGGUGCCCAAAGCGAGCCACUCGGAGCGCGAGCCCCAGCAGCGGCAGCGCGAGCCCGAACUACAGAAGUAGCGCGAGAACAACCGCGAGCAGCCGCAGCAGCGCACUUUCUCCAGUUCACAGCGCGAGCCUCGCACUCUUCGUGCUGCUGCUGCUCUCCGCCGCGCCGCUCUGCACAGGUACUCCAGUGUUCCUGAAUCCAUCUACAGUACAGCAUGAGCAGCUCUUAAACCAGAUAGAUAAUGCGUGCUCGUCCUACCUCUCUGCAGAACAACCCCUAAGGACAUCUGACGUACUGCGGGACUUCUGCGGGUUGAUGCUGGGGGUGCUGCGAAAAUCUCAGGAGUUGGCAGCUCGAGAGCCGAGUAAAAGAUUUUUAUUUCAUUACACUAAGCCGAAUGGUGCCGGAUUGUCUGAUGGGACGCUCAUACCCAAGCUCCAUAGCAGAAGACGCAGAAGAGUGGAGUCACAUGAGGACAUGCAGGGCCCAGGCGCCAUCCAGAGUAGAGGAUACUUCUUAUAUCGGCCGCGAAAUGGAAGACGGUCAACAGAAUAUGUGUAAAGAGGAGAAAGAAAACAGUCCUUGUCCUGUGGAGCUGCUGUUUAUACCCAGAUGAAAGCCAGACAACCCUGGACACCACACCCAUUCCUCCGGAGCACCUGCUAACUGUCCGUCUAUGGUGUAUAGUGAUGUUAAAUGUACAUAGAGAAUCCAAAUAAAGUCUUUUUUUGACCCAAAGGUCCUGAUUGUGUAACCAUGUUGUGUCUUUUGAAUUAAAAGCAUUCUGAAAUGUU